AUGGGAGCCACCGCCCCAGUGUGACCUGCCUCUAAGGUACAACAAAAUAAAGACCGCCUGUCCCACUCCCUCAGACACCUCCCAGUAUGGAUGGCUUGGUUGAGCAGAACAGCGUGCUAAUGCACAAUAAGAUCGCUGAAGCCGGGAAAAGGAACGGUUUAAUUAAUACAAGGAACUUAGUGGCAGAGAGCCGAGAUGGUCUGGUCUCUGUGUACCCGACCCCCCAGUACCAGAGCCACCGAGCGGGCAGCCUUUCCUCUCUGAGCUGCCUGGAGAACGGCAGGGACGAGCAGCUCCUGGACCCCAACAUGCUGCAGCAGACGGUGGAGUCUCACUACCGGCCCAAUAUCAUCCUCUACUCGGAGAACGUGCUGCGCUCAUGGGGUGAGAGCAUCAGCUCGGAGUGCUGUGAAACCACCUUUAUCGAGGACCGCUCCCCCACCAAAGACAGCCUGGAGUACCCGGACAGCAAGUUCAUUGAUCUCUCAGCGGAUGACAUCAAGAUUCACACUCUCUCCUAUGAUGUGGAGGAAGAGGAGGAUUUCCAGGAACUAGAGAGCGAUUACUCAAGUGACACCGAAAGUGAAGACAAUUUCCUGAUGAUGCCACCAAGAGAUCAUCUCGGCCUCACUGUGUUCUCCAUGCUUUGCUGCUUCUGGCCAUUGGGAAUUGCUGCCUUUUACCUGUCGCAUGAGUUUUAG